AGCUCGAAGUCUUUGGAGGCCGAGACUCAACAGCUCUUUCGUAUUCUAUAAGUUCAGUAGUAACGGUCCGUAUCGUGCGGACAAGUACGUACAACUAUGAGCUUGAUCAGGAACGUGUCGAGUCUAUUGAUAUUGGCGGGGAUCCUUUCAAGUGGUCUAAGCAUUGCCAUUUAUGGACCAUCACCCCACUGUCCUGAGCUUUAUGGAGAACAAGCUUACCCUCAUCCUGAAGAUUGUGCAUCUUUCUUCCUUUGUGUCAAUGGUACUUUAACUUUAGAACGAUGUGAAAAUGGUCUUCUUUUUGAUGGACAUGGUGCUGUUCACAAUCACUGUAACUAUCAUUGGGCUGUGAAAUGUGGAGAUCGUCAAGCUGAUCUUACUCCAAUCAGCUCACCUGGAUGUGAAUAUCAAUUCGGAGUCUAUGCGGACAGUGAUUCUUGUAGUACUACUUAUAUAAAAUGUGUCUAUGGAGAACCACACCAUGAAGAAUGUCUUCCAGGUCUUGCUUGGGAUGACAAAUCCCACACCUGUGUUUGGCCUGAUCAAUUGAUUCCUUUCUGUAAUCCUGAAGAGAUUGUUGGAUUUAGAUGUCCUACAAAAGUCCCUAAACACACUGCUGCUGCUAAAUUCUGGCCAUUCCCAAGGUUCCCUGUUCCUGGAGAUUGUGGAAGAUUAAUUACAUGUGUAGAAGGUCAUCCCCGUCUUUUAACUUGUGGAGAUAAACAACUAUUCGAUUCAGUUACGUUAAGUUGCAUGGAUCCUGAAGAAUUCCCAAAAUGUGCCGAUAGUUACGAAUGAUUUUAAUCCAAGAGGAGAAAUAGAAAAUUGGAAGAGAAGUGAAAUUUAUCCACCUAAUUAUGUAUAGUCACAGAAAAUAUAAUUAUUAAAUAAAGAUAAUAAAUAAAAUAUUUUUGUGAAUCAUAAACAACUAUAUUCCUUUGGUUAAUAAAUUUAUCGAUAUAUAUUCAUAUAAAAA